ACAGCACGCACGCCCCGUCAACAAAGGCGCGCACACGUUGGAACCCAAAAAAGCCACCCUCUCCGCCGUCAACCGUGCCGUUCGCUGCCGGCUCAUGUAAUAAUAAGGGGAAAACGGGCGCCCUGUUACGUGCCAAGUAAAUCGGAAGGCUUGCCAAGCAGCCUUGGAAGACUGGGCCCGCCUACAAAUAGACACGCCCGACUCGUGACGUGCCUGGCAGGCUGGCCUCGGUUGUGCGGCUCCACAUGCGCCUGGGAUACCUACUUAUAG